AUGCCGCCGACUCCGCCGUCGACGACCUCGUCGAAUUCGGGUCACUCGCCGCCUGACCCCCAGUUCAGGGUUGUCCGGAAGCGCAACCGCGUCCCUCUGUCCUGCGGGCCCUGCAGGCAUCGAAAACUGAAAUGCAAUCGUGGCCACCCGUGCGAUAACUGCACCAAGCGGGGAGAUACCGCAUCAUGUACGUACGCAACUCCAGGCAACCGCAAGAAGAGCGCGUCCAGCACUGGCUCCGCCACUACUCCAGAUGACAUGCAAAAUCGCAUUGACCGUCUUGAAGGAUUGGUUCUUUCUUUGAUGACCAAUGGCGCCCAAAGUGCUGGACCAGCCGCCGCGCAAGCAGCAAUUGCCGCCAGUAUCAAUGGUAGCAAUAGCUCGGUCGAUCAGCCCUAUGACAUCAGCCCCGAAUCAAUACCUGAGGAAGAUGCUGGCGACGAAAGCGAAGUCGAGAAUGUCACCAAAUCAAUUGGUGUCAUGAAGGUUGACAACAACCGUGCGAUUUUCGCAUCAGAAGCGCAUUGGUAUGCGAUUUUAGGAGAAAUUUCGGAGGUGAAGAACUAUUUUCACGAUCACAAGAAGCAGUACGAAGAGCAGCUCAAGCGCUAUAAAGCGACGCACACGGACGACAUGAACAUCGGAACCGCCUUCCUCUUCGGCAGCCAGAAGCCCAUGACCCAACCCGAACUACUCCAGCGGUUCCCGCCGAAGCAGACCGCCGACAUCCUAGUAUCUCGAUACUUCAAUACAUACGAUCCGGGAAUCCACAUCAUACAUGGGCCGACCUUCCAGAAGCAAUAUGACAACCAUUGGAUGAACCCCAAUGACACGCCCGUCAUAUGGCUUGGUCUGGUGUUCGCCAUGAUGUGCAUAGCGCUGCAAUCGUACACACGGGCAGGUGAUGAGCCUCCAGAGUACCGUGGCCGAUCGUGGGCCAUGUCGAACGAAUACCGGGAGUACACGGCGCAGUGUUUGGCUGCAGCGGAUAUCACAUCGCCCAUCACAAACAUGCUGGAGACGAUGAUUCUACAUACCUACGCCGACUACGCCCGCAGCAGGGACUCCCAGGCCGGCAUGAUUGUCAGCACAAGCAUAAUCGUGCGACUGGCCAUGCGGAUGGGGCUACAUAGAGACUCGGGACCAUACGCAGGCAUCACGGCCUUCCAGGGAGAGAUGCGGCGAAGGGUCUGGGCAGCCAUCCGAUCCAUGGAUCUUCUGUUCUCUGCGCAGGCUGGGUUACCGCCAGUUGUCCGACCGCGCGAUACGAAUACCGAGAUCCCGCGCAAUAUCUUUGAUGACGAGCUGUUCGAGGACAUGAGCAUCUUACCACCCUCGCGGCCCGAGGAAGAGGCAACGCCGACAUUGUUCCUCAUUAACCGGACGCGUCUCAUGUACAAGCUCGGGGAAGCUGUUGAGCUUACUGAGGUUCUUACGUGCGCCUCGUAUGAAGAGGUCAUGAAGCUUGAUAAUCAAGCGCGAGAGCUGCACGACAGGAUAUCACCCCAUCUCAAAAUACGUUCAAUGGACGAAUCCGCGCGAGAUCCAUCAACUCUCAUUAUGCAGCGCUUUACGCUCGAGCUGCUGUUCCUCAAGAUUAUAUGUGUGCUUCACCGAAAGUUCAUAUCUGCGUCCAGAGUCAACGCUCGGUUUGGCUAUUCACGACGCGCAUGCAUCGAUGCGUCAAUGAAGAUGCUCCAGCACCAGGCUACGCUCCACCGUGAGUGCCAGCCAGGCGGGAGACUACGUAACGUCAAGUGGUUCAUCUCUUCGCUCACUACGGUCGACUUCCUACUCGCGGCGAUGAUAGUAUGUUCCGAUCUGUAUCACACCGCACGACAAGAACGACAUGGAAGGAGAGACUCCACGGACAUGUACUACUGGAGCGAAGACCGGCGGAACGAAAUGAUUGAUGCGAUCGAGACGGCUGUCGGCAUUUGGGAUGGUCUGAAAGAGCACUCGAUGGAGGCUUACAAAGCGCAUGCAACACUCAGCGUCAUGCUAGGCCAACUGAAGGGAAGUCAUUCACGAUCACAGACGCAGAGCUUCUCCAAUACACCAGCCUUCAACACGUCGACUGCGAUGGACGAUGCCAAUGUGGCGCCUGAGCACUCGGCUGCGAUGACGCUGGGCAUGCUUAGCACGGGCGGCAUGACACCCAACUCGGCCAACAUGUUCGAGACACGAUACCCACCGUCCAUGGCGAACCUGCUCAACGAUCCUGUGCCGCAGCAACCGACCGGCUUGACGCCCAACUUUGGAGCCGCUCCAAAUGGCGCGAAUGGCGAGAUGCGCGCUCCCAGUCCAUUCUCCAAUCUCUUCGGAGGCGGCUUCCAGAACAUGGACUUGCCGAGCGCGGACAACAUUGACUGGAAUGCAUGGGACUCGUACAUCCAGGGGCCGAGCAUGGACGCGACGAACUCGUUCUUCCCCAUGGACUUGGGUGGCAUGCCAAUGCAAACGGAUGGGUUGCCCAACAGCGUCCCGACGAGCGGGCAGCCAAAUGCCAACAUGUUUGCUGCAAAUGGCGGACCCUUCAUGGGCGUGAGUAUACCUGCAAAUGAUGUCGACACGUUGUCUUAUGACCUCCAGGCACCGCAAGAUCCGAAAACGUCGUCAGGGGAUGGUUACGUGAUGGGCUUCGCGCUGCCAAAGUCGUCGUAA